AGAACCGAGUUCGAUUGCCUCUGACUUCGUUUUUCAAACAGGUGGCAGGGAAUGUAGUCGAUCCCCGAUACCUAUAGUGAUUUCCUGGUCCACAGAAGCCAGAGGGAUCCUGCAAUAACGAUAAUAGAGUACGGGCUAUUUAAAUAGACAACAGUCGUAUUUUUCUGUCAUUCUUCAGUUAAAACAAACCUACUUAAACCAUAUUAUACAGGACUGUUAUUAUUUUGUAGUCAGUUAAAAUAGCAGUGGCUGCAGUGAUGUCUGCGUCGGCUGGCGGCGGUUCCUCUUACUCGGCCUCCCCGGGCUCAGCGCUCACAGGACCCGGCUCGGGCAUGACGAUGUUCCGCUGGUUGGAGGUCCUCGAGAAGGAGUUCGACAAGGCUUUCGUGGACGUGGAUCUGCUGCUUGGAGAGAUCGACCCAGAUCAGGCGGAUAUCACAUAUGAGGGCCGUCAGAAAAUGACCAGCCUAAGCUCCUGCUUCGCCCAGCUCUGCCACAAAGCGCAGACCAUUUUUCAGUUAAAUCACAAACUAGAGGCCCAGGUAGUAGACAUGAAGUCUGAGCUGUCCGAGGCACAGGGGGAGAAGAGUGUGUUUGAGAAGGAAGUCCAUGAUCAGUUGCUGCAGCUCCAUGCCAUCCAGCUGCAGCUCCAUUCUAAGACUGGGCAAAAUGUCGACUCAAGCUGCAUCAAAGCCAAGUUGUCUAUCCCAACUGUGGAGGAGAUGGAGAAAGAACUGGAGGCAAAUAAAAAAGAAAAGGUUAAGGAAGCAAAGCUGGAGUCUGAGGUGAAGCUACUGAAGAAGGAGAACGAAGCUCUUCGAAGGCAUAUUGCUGUUCUCCAAGCCGAGGUUUAUGGAGCCCGAUUAGCAGCUAAAUACCUUGAUAAAGAGCUGGCAGGAAGGGUGCAGCAGAUACAGCUGUUAGGCCGUGAUAUGAAAGGUCCGGCACAUGACAAAUUGUGGAAUCAGCUAGAAGCAGAAAUACACCUACACCGGCAUAAAACGGUCAUUAGGGCAUGUCGAGGUCGCAAUGACCCAAAAAGACCCACGCCUACUCCUGUUGGACACGACACAGACGCUUUAAAGAAGACUCAAGGUGUUGGACCAAUUAGGAAAGUCCUUUUGGCUAAAGAGGAUCACGAAGGACUUGGGAUUUCCAUUACAGGUGGUAAAGAACAUGGCGUUCCCAUUUUAAUAUCUGAGAUCCACCCCAGCCAGCCUGCUGAGCGCUGUGGGGGUUUGCAUGUAGGAGAUGCCAUUCUGGCUGUAAAUGGCAUCAACUUGAGGGACGCCAAGCACAAAGAAGCUGUAACCAUACUGUCUCAGCAGAGAGGCGAUAUUGAGUUUGAGGUGGUGUACGUGGCCCCGGAGGUGGACUCUGAUGAUGAAAACGUUGAGUAUGAAGACGACGGUGGCCAACGCUACCGCUUGUACCUUGAUGAGCUAGAAGAAGGGUCAACUUCCAACCAGAACAGCAGCAUUGGCAUUGGCGAUGCUGGGCCAUUGCAAGCCCCAGACAAGAACUCCGUGGAAAAUGGAGAUACAGAAAUCUCUAGUGAAACACCGUCAGAGGAGACUGCCCCCAAGCCUGCCGAGAGCUCUUCAUAGGCUGGGUACAGGAUGAAAGGAUUGUGAGGGGGGACAAAAAGAGACUUUGUACAGUAUGUGUGUUAAAUGACAGAGUUUUGUCAUUUAUGAGAAAGGACUGCAGUGGAGGCAAUGAGAGUCUGCAUGAUAAUUAGAAAAGGGGAAUUACAUUGCUAUGGUUGCCAUUGAUAUGAAUUGUAAACCAUACUGAAUGUACGUAACUCUCUGUUUUGCCAUAGCAGGGAAAAAAAAAUCCUAUGGUGAUAACAGCUGGUGAAAAAGAGACUUAGGGGUGGGGGUUGUUAUAAAUUAAAUUAUUAUCUGUAUUGAAGGCUACAUUUAGCUUGUUGCAGCUGACAUUACAAAUUAAUAAAAUAAGAUCCACACGCCCUGAUAAGAACUUGUCAGGACAGAGUAAGUUGAGACCUUAUCAGGGCAUGACUCUUAGCCAUGUGUUUCCUUCAUGUUCCAGGUUUAAAACUAGGGCUUCUGACAAACAACUUACAAAUAUUGUGGUUAGUAACUGGCCAGGUUCAUUCCAAUUCAAUUUAAUCAGUACACUGUUAACAGAAGGAGAUGAGUUACUGUUUUUCCCAUUGUUGUGCCUUUGACUGUAGUUGGGCAGCAGGGAUGUCUCUCCCGGAUAAGAACAAUCAACCCAAAAUUCAACAAGACAAGCAAAAGCCUCUCUCUGCAUUACCUUAUAUGUGUGUAUAUAGGUCAGUGUAGACACACACACACACAUGCAAAAGUGUAGAUGUUUCCUGCAUGUUCGCUCUCAAAUAUCUUGACACCUUUAAUUUUCAUGACGAUUAAGGGUUGCAAAGUUUUGCUGUAUUUAUUUGUGGUGUUACUCAUACAGACUUCUGUUCCAUUUUUACUUACAGUUUUCCUGUCUGUAAAUACAAAAUCACAUUAAAUACCAUGCAAGUAUAUUCAGGAACGAUUAUGCUUGUACUGUAAAACAUUAAUAGGAUCAGAAAUAUUUUACUGUAUGUGCUGUUCUGGAUUUUUCUGUAUGUUUUUCUGCUGCCAGGCAGCAAUACACAAAGUGUGAAGUCACAUGCGUCAUUUGAAUAACAAUGCUAACAUGUAGAACAAGCCAGUGCUGAGGAUGUAUUAUAGUUUGUGGCAGUAUGAAGUGAAAGAAGGAUGUUUUAACUAAUUUCUGGCAUUGCUGUCUCCUGUUAUGUGAAAAGUGCAAUGUAUUUAUUUAUUUUUUUUAAUAUGUCAAUAAUCUACACAGAAAAACAAAUGACUGUUUAUGGUACAGGGAUGCUGUGUUUUUUUGUUUGUUUUUUUAAUACAGGGAAAAGAGUGCUUCCAAUA